CGUCCAAAGGUCCAUCUCAGCAAGGAAGCAAGAGCUCUUCUGACAACACAACGUCGCCAGAAGUCUCAAGGUUUCAGGACAGCGCUUCACGAGGCUUGGCUCCAUCUUGAUGAAUCCAUGAAGACAAUAGCUUCCUCUCACCACAAGAGUAUCCGACGCGUGCAAAAUGACUUGUAUGUGGGCCAUACUGCAUUGCGCUUCAAGCGCACGAAAUCAAGCCCAUGGAAUGCGUUUUGCUGGAAGAAACAUCAGCAAGUGACGGAUGAAAAUUUGCGCUCUGGAAAAGCAGUCCUGCAAGACCUUCUACACAACUAUGCUGAUGAGUACCAUGAGCUCUCACAAGAAGACAAGGACCAACUCAUCAAAGAAUACGACGAGAACAGGGAGCACAAGACCAAGGGUAAGAGAAUAUCGUUGAGGUCGAAGAUCAACGAUAUCAUGCAAACACUUAGGGCUGUUGAGACCGAGUUGAUUAAGCUUCAAUGCCGCACUGGUGUCGAAUCAAUUGUUUACUCAACGCGAGGCUCUACUGACCUCGCACUAAGAGGUAUCACAUUUAAUACCGAAGGAGUUGAUAAUUUCAUGGAGUCGACGAUGAACAUCGAUAGCCAAGACCUUAUGAGUAAGAUGGAAGGAUAUGCCAUGCAAGGCAAUCUUGAUAUUUCAACAUCAAACACUUAUGAUCUUAUGGCAGGUGCAGCCAAAAGUCAUCAGGACUGUUGUUCAAAGGCUCGUGGUGAAACCAGACAUAUCAUCAACCAGAAACUUCAGGAAAUUACCGGUAAUCCGCAGGCCACGAUGCAAUGGACAGAAUAUUGGCGCAACAUUGUUCAACGCUAUCACAUCGUUUGUGAGGGCUGGCCCUCAACUGUCCCCUUCAAGAACUUGAGCGAAGCGUCUAGUUCUCUUCCCGAGCUCAAGAUGCUCCAGGACAAGUGGGAAAGUGGUGCCAUUAAAUGGAAACACCUGGAGGAGGAAGAAUAUCAACAGCUUCUUCAAGAGCGCCUUCAGAAUAUUGACAAUGGGGAGAUCAUUGAGCGCACCCGUCGUCAGCGCUCAGACAAGGGAAAAAAGUGUACCCAACCAUCGGACAACCCUUCUACACAUAAGAAGAAGGCAUACAAAAGCGCGGAUACUGUUGAGAGU